AUGUCCCGGAAGCCCUCACCCCCUGCUACCCCCGCAAUUGUCUCCUUGACUCCACUGAAGAACUGCCUUCUCAACCUUCCUGUCGCGCUUGUUAACGUACUGGUUUCUGCAAAUACUCCAGCGCAGAAUGUUAUUGUCGAGUUAUCCUUCCGUGCCUCUGUUGGGGGAGGGUCAACCGCUGCAACUACCAGGAGCGUGUAUGCCGGAUGGACGGGAAUGCAGAGUAAAAGGAAGCCGGGUGCGGGAUCGGGGAGGUCAGAGGAGGCAGUGGUAGAGAUGGAUCCUGCAUUUGCUAGGAAUGUGGGGUUGUCUGAAGGAUCUAAGGUUUCUAUUCACCUCCAUUUGGACCCUACCCCAGCACACACCUUUCAUAUCGAACCCUUAACUGCGAGUGAUUGGGAGAUAAUAGAGCUGCAUGCGGACUUUCUGGAAUUAAAUCUUAUUUCGCAGAUCCGCUGCGUCUCUCCCGCGCAUCCGAUCUCUGUCUACCUAUCCCCUACAUCUACGGCUUCUAUAAGAGUGACAAAGGUUGAGCCGGAGGAUGCUCUUUCCUCCCCGAAUGGGUUCGCCAAGGUUUCUCCGGAAGCCGAGAUUAUUGUUGCGCCGAAGAAGCGGCAGCGCCGACAGAGCCAGGGUGCAAAGUCGGCUACUAGUACCGUGAAAACUUCGAUGAAGAAGCGGAGUGAUAGUGGGGGUGCGGGAGCAAUGUUUUUCCGGGGGGUCUCAGAAGAGGUUGCUGCUGGUGGAAAGGGAUUUUCAGUUUACCUAGAUCCUACAUUGCUCAUGUCUUCGAGGCACCUUCGGAGUGUCUCCCAUGUUGUGGUUUCGGUUGUCCGGCCCCCAGCUAUAGCUCCUCCCCAAGAUCCGUCUCAGCAACAGCAGCAGGAGGAGAAGGAUAAAAAGGAUAAAAAGGAUGCAACGCCGGAGGUGGUUCCGGCUUCCAAGAUCGUCGCAGUUGUACGUCCUUGGGAUUCCGCUCCGGACGGGAAGCAUGUAGGAUUGUCCAAGCUCCUUUCCACCGCUUUAUAUCUUCGACCUGGGCAAGUGGGUGACGUGAUACGCCUUGAGCCUGCGCCGCAACAAGUACCCCAGAAACUGCUUUCAAAAGUUAAGGUCUUUCCAUUCCACGGCACUGAGAAACAGGACGGGUUGAAAUGGGGUGGUGGAACUAAACGUCUCGAGGAAAUGGCUAUUGCAAGGUUACAAGAGGUUCUGGGCCCUCACAGACAACGCAACGGGACGAAGGCCAUGAUAGAGGAGGAUAAGACUUCGGUCUCCCCUGGGGAAAGUGUGCUUGAGGGUGCUCUGACUGACGGACUCAUUCUCCCGGCAAUUCGGGACUCGCCGAUUGCUGCCGGUGGCGUCCUCAAAAUUGAGGUCUCUGCUGGUGAGGGUGGGGAGGCGCCCCAGUAUAUUAAAUGGGUUCUGGUGGCGGACAAAAAGCCCCCACUCGAGAUCGGGUCACUUGUACCCAAGCCUACUCCUCCACCAGCGGUCGUUUCGGAGACGUUGUUCGUCCCGGGAACUGAUUCCGAUCAGCCGAUUGUGGGUGUUGACGACAUCCUUUCCUCAGUCACCGACCAUUUGCUAUCUUCUUCCUCAGUAUUGCUCUCAGGUGCUCACGGAUCGGGAAAGACUUCAAUCCUCCGCCUCAUCGCAAAGCGUCUCUCUGGAGCUCCACAUUUCCACAGGAUCAUAGACCCCGGCUCUCUUUCGAAGCUUUCCGAAGAGCGUGUAGGCACAGUUAAAGAGAAUGUCUCCCGCUGGUUCACCGAGGCCAUAUGGGCAGCCGGGAAGACAGGCCACUCCAUCCUUCUCCUCGAUGACCUCGACAGACUAUGUGCCUCUGAGUCGGAAAAUCAAGACAAUUCUCGAGUGAGGCAGAUCGCUGAAGUCGUCGUGGCCGCCGUCAGGAAAUACACCUCACCUGGCGGUGCCGGUGGACGCGGAGGUGUGAUUAUCCUAGCUAGUUGUCAGGCAAAGGAAAGCAUGCAUAGCCUGGUAGUCAGCGGUCACGUAUUCCGCGAAGCACUCUCUCUCAAAGCAAUGUCGAAGGAGGGUCGUCGUGCAGUACUAGACGGCGUUGUCGGGGCCACUUCGGGAGUCUUAGAGAAAGGUCUUGAACUCCGCGACAUUGCCUCUAAAACAGAGGGCUAUAUGCCCGGGGACUUGGUCCUCCUCGUCGGCCGUGCUAGACAUGAAGCUGUCGUCCGCAUGGUCGACGCAGGCGAAUCUAAAGAAUCCCCAAUACUAACCCUCAGGCGUAUAGACUUCGACUCUGCUCUCCGAGGAUUCGUCCCCGCUGGGCUCCGGGGUGUAAAGCUACAAACCUCCGGCGCGAGCUGGAAAGAUAUCGGCGGUUUAACAGAAACCCGCAGAAUCCUCCUAGAAACGCUCGAAUGGCCCACCAAAUAUGCCCCUAUAUUUGCUAGCUGCCCCUUACGCCUCCGCAGCGGCCUCCUUCUCUAUGGCUAUCCCGGGUGCGGAAAAACCCUUCUAGCAAGCGCAGUAGCCGGAGAAUGCGGCCUCAAUUUCAUUUCUGUCAAAGGCCCCGAAAUCCUUAACAAGUACAUCGGAGCUUCAGAAAAGUCCGUCCGUGACCUCUUCGAGCGCGCCAGCGGCGCAAAGCCCUGCGUCUUAUUCUUUGACGAAUUUGACAGUAUUGCACCGAAACGUGGUCACGAUUCUACCGGGGUCACUGAUCGUGUGGUAAAUCAAAUGCUUACACAGAUGGAUGGUGCGGAAGGACUCGACGGCGUGUACGUCCUCGCAGCAACCUCUCGACCGGACCUAAUCGACCCUGCGCUCCUCCGCCCUGGCCGUUUGGACAAGAGCUUGCUGUGUGACUUGCCAAAUCUCGAAGACCGGCUAGAUAUCUUCCGCGCGCUCGUCGGCGAAGGCGGGAAAUUGCGUGUGGAUCCGGACGUUAGUCUUGAAGAACUCGCUGCUAGGACAGAAGGUUAUUCCGGAGCAGACUUGCAGGCGGUGCUUUACAACGCACAUUUAGAAGCCGUGCAGGGAAUCAUCAGUGAAGAAUUGCGCAAACGCGAAGCGCUAGAAGAAGAGCAGGAGGGCGCGGGCGCAGCCGGUAAAGAUUCUAAGGAGGAAUUGGACUUUUUGGAAUUCGUCUGGGGGGAUAGCCGUAAAGGGAAGGGUCGGGCUCCACCAGUGGUUAGCGCAAGUAGGCAUCGUGAACGAAUAGCCCUUCUAGAAAAGCUUGAGUCCCUAAAAAAAAAAUCCUCGAAUAAUUCUACCUUCUCCAACAGCAACAACAAUUCUGUCUCCGUAACAAAGACGAAGCAGGACGCUGGAACCGCAGAAGUAACAAUAUCCUGGUCACAUGUUGAGUCCUCGCUAUACUCCACACGACCAAGUAUUUCCCCGCAAGAGCGUAAGCGCCUGCAAGGGAUAUAUACAGAGUUUGUCGGGCAGCGAAAUGGAGAGAUGCCAAGUGGGCAGGGUAGUACUGAGGUUGGGGGGAGGAGUAGUUUGAUGUAGUUAUCCCAAUGGGGUAGAAUACGGGAAAAUGGGGGUGACGAAUAGUUCAAGAGCAGGUAAUGGUUUAAUAGAAUUACAGAGCAUCGGUGCGUUUGGUAGACAACUAUGGCUCCCCGAUG